AUGGCUGACUGAAACCUGUCCUGGGAUUCAGUGUUUCAGGAGCAGUGCCCCAGCACUGCUCAGGGAAACAGUGUGGUUAUGGUGAGGUUUGUAGAAACUCCGAGCCACUUUUCCUGGAAGGAGAGUUACUACCGAUCAGCCAUGUCCCAGAGCUCGCAGCCCAGGGAAUUCCUCAGCCCAGAGGUACUCCAGCAUAUCUGGGACUUCCUGGAACAGCCAAUAUGCUCGGUUCAACCAAUUGAUUUAAACUUCAUCGACAGCCCAUCUGAAAAUGGACCUACUAACAAAAUAGAGAUCAGCAUGGACUGUGUCCGGGUGCAGGACACAGAGCUGAAUGACCCAAUGUGGCCGCAGUACACGAACCUGGGGCUCCUGAACAGCAUGGACCAGCAGAUCCAGAAUGGCUCUUCCUCCACCAGCCCCUACAACACUGAGCACGCACAGAACAGUGUCACAGCCCCUUCGCCUUAUGCCCAGCCCAGCUCGACUUUUGAUGCCCUCUCACCUUCCCCAGCCAUCCCUUCCAACACAGACUACCCAGGACCUCACAGCUUUGAUGUAUCAUUUCAACAGUCUAGCACAGCAAAGUCAGCAACAUGGACGUAUUCCACUGAACUAAAAAAGCUGUAUUGCCAAAUCGCCAAGACAUGUCCUAUUCAGAUCAAAGUGAUGACCCCACCGCCUCAGGGAGCUGUUAUCAGGGCUAUGCCAGUCUACAAGAAAGCUGAACAUGUCACUGAAGUGGUCAAACGCUGCCCGAACCAUGAGCUGAGCCGGGAGUUCAACGAAGGGCAGAUUGCUCCUCCCAGCCACCUGAUCAGGGUGGAAGGGAACAGCCAUGCCCAGUAUGUAGAAGACCCCAUCACUGGAAGGCAGAGCGUGCUGGUCCCCUAUGAGCCACCCCAGGUUGGUACAGAGUUCACAACAGUCUUGUACAACUUCAUGUGUAACAGUAGCUGCGUGGGAGGGAUGAACCGGCGCCCAAUCCUCAUCAUUGUGACACUGGAAACCAGAGAUGGGCAAGUCUUGGGCCGCCGAUGUUUCGAAGCCCGCAUUUGCGCUUGCCCAGGCAGAGACCGCAAAGCAGAUGAGGACAGCAUCCGCAAGCAGCAAGUCUCUGACAGCACAAAGAAUGGUGAUGGUACGAAGCGCCCUUUUCGACAAGGAACUCAUGGCAUACAGAUGACAUCUAUCAAAAAAAGACGCUCCCCAGAUGAUGAGCUCUUAUACUUGCCAGUGCGGGGACGUGAGACCUAUGAAAUGCUACUAAAGAUCAAAGAGUCCCUGGAACUUAUGCAGUACCUUCCCCAGCACACAAUUGAGACCUACCGCCAACAGCAGCAGCAGCAGCACCAGCACUUGCUCCAGAAGCAUCUCCUUUCGGCCUGCUUCAGGAGUGAACUCACGGACUCAAGGAGAGACCCUCCCAAACAAACCGAUGCCAUCCUAAAACAUUCCAGCCCCCCAAACCCAUCAGUAUAUCCAUAAACUGAGCUGGUGGGGUCACUUUGCCCAGCUGGCAGGACUAGGAACAGUGGGGCAAAUACACAACCUGACAGCAACAGAGUAAAUAGAGCAAUAUUAUGAAGGGACUCAAAAUUUGCAAAAAGAACAGACAUUUGUACAGACCUCUUAGCUGUAGCCCAUAGCAUCGGGAGGUCAGGAACCACAAUGUUGUCUGUCCUGAUGUAACUUUUUCUUCCUGUUUUUGUAAAGUGUUGAUACUCUUUCCUCUUCUGUAUUUGUGAAACUCAGCAGUGUUUCUCUGAGCAGGUCUCAAUUUUAAAAUGCCUCUUGUCUUGUUUAACUUUUAAAAUGUGUUUAUGGGUUGGGGUGUGGGGUAGAAGAGGGGUGCUGUUUAAACAGUCUGUGAUAGUCAGUUUGGCCUGUUUUAAUGCCAAUCAUGCAGUAAUAGUACAAGUAGCUGAAGUAUUUGUACUGCUGGACAGGAGGUAAUAAUUAUAUGAAUUGGCACUGGUAAGAAAUCAGUUUUAUUUGUAUUUUUUUUCUGUAGAAAUGCCCACUAAUUUGGCAUCAUGAAUUGUUUCCCCUUAUUUCUAAUCUUAAAGGGUCUGACUCUGACAUGAAAAUUGUAGGGAAGAUUGGGUGACUGACUUUGUGCCAGCAGCCCUGGCUUUUGCUUUGCUGAGUUUAGGAAGGUCCUUCCUGAUGCUGUGGGCUCAAUUUAUGUGGGCUGAGCUGCACAGGUUGAAUGUGAGGUUUAAGUCCUUCCAUGUUAUGACAUCCAUGAGUCCCUGCUCCCUUUGCAGCUGAGGAUGUAAAGGGCAGUGUCGAACACUGCUUGUUGCCCUACCUGUGAAAAGAGGUUUGAGCUUGACCCUUUCCUUACAGAUGUUCAGCAGUUAUUAGAUGUUGCCUUAGAUUUUUCAUCAACCAUACUGCAUUUUACUCCAUCACUACAAACCUCAUAGUGCAAAAGGAAAGCAGUGCCAGCAUAUGCCUCAGGCCAUGCCCACCUUGUCCAUUAAUCCUGCAACCAGUGGCUUUUGCUUAUUAUGUACAUGAAGUGCAUCCUCUCUUAGCAAUUCCUGCAUAGAAGACUUUUUCAGCAAGGACUUGUAAAUCCUUGCACUGGUUGUAUCAGACUUUACCUCUGAAAAUCAUUUGUAUGGAGCUUAACAAGGAGGAUUUGAAUCAUUUGGGAACUUCAUUUCUGUGUCAAGCUCAGACUAGCACAAAGGAGAAAUGAUCAACAUGCAAGUAACAUGCCAUGGACUUAUCCUGGCACUAGGUGUGGAUACUGGUGAUGGUGGAGGAGUUGAGAGUGGGAAUGAUGCCUCCUGGAGCUUUCCCCACUGGGAGGUGCUCAAACACCCUUACAUGAACAAUAGCCCUUAAUGCUGGUAGAGAAGUGUCUUUCAACCCACAUUUUCAGCCAGUGGCAUCUCUCCUGAGGAACCCUCGUGUUCAUGGCCGCAGGAAACAGUAGUGUAAAGAACUUACUGAAGGUACACCAGGAAUGAUGUCCCCUGUGAGCUUGUGUCUACCCAGAUCAGCAGUGGUUGAAGAAAAGAGGUUCGUCACAAAUGUCAGUGAUCAGUAGCCCCUGAGAAAUACAGAGAGCUAGGCUGAUACUGAUGAGAACCUGUGUGCCUGCAGUGCAAUCAAUACUGGAUUUAUUUGGGGCUGCGUGCAUAGCUCUGAUACACUUGUGGUUAGGUACAGCCUGAAGAGAAGGUGCCUCCCAAAUGCAGAGUGAGCCCCCUGGCCACCCACCAAGGAAAAAAGCCUGAUACAGUGGGAGAACACUUUCAUCUCUGAACAUUACGUCAUCUGCUUCCAGGCAGCAGAGCUGUGAUCUGAGCAGGUGAUGACUCGUACUAACAUCAUCCUUGGGAGCCGUAUCACAUCUCUGGGUAUCUCCUUAGUUGUGUUAACAAGACUUGUUCUACCAUAGAAGUGUGGGGGAAGGCUGAUGGAGAAAACCCCCCAGAACUGUGACUUAGUAUAAAUAAUAACUAAUUAAGCACUAGUAGUGAUUUUUUUUUUUCCAUAUAGUUGCAGCUCUAUUAUUGUUCCUUGUGUAAAGCUAACCAAAUCAAGUACCUCUCUACUUUGCCUGGAAACCCCAGGAAGGACUUUAAGAUUAAAAAGCAGGUAACUAUUGCUCUGUGCCUUUUUAUUCGUGAGAAGAAAGGCUAUUCCUUCGUCUGUGAGAGGUUGGAACCUGAACUGCAAAUGCAGCCCAGAUGCAGGAUUAUGGCAUUGUCAAUCUGUCCUUCCAGUGAAGGCUUAUUCCUGGAUCUUGGGUCUGUCUGCUUGUGGAUGGCAAAACUGAAAUAUUGCAACAAACACACACAAACCCGUAUCUAGAGCUCUGCUCCACAGCCUGCCCACCAGCAAGUUUGAGGAGGCAGCCCACCAAAAGGUACAAGAUGUCCACAGCCUGCGCAGGGAGAUUCUAGCUCAUGCUCCAGUUCAUCGUCAGGUCUGACCUCUAGGAAAUCUUUGUACCAUGAUGGGCAAUAAAGCACCUGAGACUUCCACCAAGUAAGAAUCUAAAUUAUUUGAAGCUUACUGCUCUCUGAAAGGGCUUUCCAAUUUGUCCUCCUUACCUAUAAGAGGAUGAUGAUAGUAAAGCAGGUCUCAGUGGUGACUUAAUGUGCUCUCCAGCUUACAAAGUGGUUAUCUUAGAAGGUACUUUAUUUUUUUUAUCAAAUAACAUGAAGCUGGAAGUGAUUGGAGUUACUUCAUAGUUGGUCUUCUGCAGGUAAAAGAAGAAAACUUUUUCCCAGCUGUCUUUUGAUUAAUUCUUUGUCCUCUCUGGGCCUUUGGAAAAGCCUUUUCAAGGAAUAACAAAGUGGAAUAAUAGGACCUUAUCAGUCAGUGAGGAUAUAUUAUAUCACAUAGUUGAUGUAUAUCCACUCCCUGUAUUAUAGCUCCAUUUCCUGGAGAGCAGAUUGCAUCUGCUGCCUGCCAUGGGAAAAUCCCAUACCUGAAAUCUAAGAGGAGUCAUUAUUGCCACCUUUUCCCCUGUGCUGUAGUUAUUAUGUGCCUAGUGACCAUCAGAGCUCCUCCUUUCCAUGAUCCCAUUUAUACAAUAGCUUGUUCCAAAUCUAUAAAUCACUUGCGUGGUUUAAAGAUGCACUAUUGCUUGCUUUAGAAUAGCAGCUAUUAGAGAUGUGGGGAGCAAGGGCAUUCCUCUGCUUUUCAGUGUCUCACUUCAUGGGCCUUCAAAGCGGAUAAGUGCAACUGAGCAUCAUCUGUGUCAUCUGUGUGCCGUUAUUAGGCCACAUCAGUGACACCCCAGUGUUACGCAGCCCAGUGGGCAACCAUACAUGAAAAAAAUGUUAUGGAUGGUCAUGUUGACUAUGUGUCAGCUUGGGAUGUAAUCCUUGCUGCUCCUUCUGUGGCUAGUGUAAGGAAAGGCAAGCCCAGAACUGGACAGCUUUGAUUCUACCUGGGUCUCUCUGCAUUGUGAUUAACUCUAGGUCUUCAGGGAUAGAAAAACUGUAAGGACAAGGGCUUGGAUGAAAUCUUAAAUGCUCUGAGCCUGAGCUGCCCUAUUCUUAGUGGACCUUAAUUUGCAUUAAGGCUGCUUACAUGAUGGUGUACUCAUCUAAUGUGAAUGGGGAGUCUGGGACUUGUCUACUGAAUCAGGUAAUUGGUCUCUCCAAAUACUUUCCUACCUCUGGUGAAGGGCUGAUAUCCAGUAAGCUGGGAAAGUGCAGAAUUAUAUAAGGUAGCUUCUCACCUGAACUGUGCUUCUUAUAUGGGAAAAGGAAUUUCCUUCUUUACCUCUUGAAGUGAUCACUAUAUGCCUUGAAGCAUCACAGACAACUGCCCUCAUAUGAGCUUGCAUAACUACAAAUGUUAUUGGCUAAAUAAUUACAUAGCCUCUUGAAGGGAGAAAUAUCAGUUGCAGAAUGUGACUCAGUGCCUUUUGUAUCAGACUGUUCCAAGAAGUUAUAAUAGUCUCUUAAUUGAAGUCCUUAUACCUUGAUAUUAAAAUGCAUUUCAUUGGCAAUGAUAUCAAAGAAAUGUUAAUGCUCCUACUUCUAAUCUUUCUUGAGACAUAGUAAGUAUAACUUUAAUGAAAAUCACUGUGCAUGAUACUCUUAUUAUACCUGGGAUUUUAAAAAAAAGGAGGGGAAAAAAAUAUAUUUUAAAUGAAUUCUCAAACACCAUGUAGUCUGUGUAUUCAAUACCAAACCAUUUUCUUGUGUUCCUGAGGAUGUUGCUAUAUUGAUGUGUGACAUUCAUUUUCAAUAAAAUUUUGCAUCUUGGUU